AUAAAACCAAACGCUUCUAACUUCCAACUAACUUUCUCAGUCUCUCUCCCAUCUCUCUGCAAACUUCGGCAUUUCAAUGGCGGCGUUAACCCGCCUAUCAAAGCCCUCGUUCACAUCACUUUCCUCCGUCUCACGCAUAAGCCGGUGCUUGUACUCGGGCAUAGCACCGGAGCCCAGCUCUCAUGGCGCUUCGCCAUAUAGCCCACGAUUGGGGCCCAAGCCCAAUCUCUCGGUCAAGGACCCCAAGGAUCGAAACGUACAGUGGGUCUUCUUGGGCUCACCGGGCGUGGGCAAAGGCACGUACGCGAGCCGCCUGUCUAAUCUCCUCGGCGUUCCUCACAUCGCCACUGGAGAUCUCGUCCGCGAAGAGCUCGCAGCCUCUGGGCCUCUCUCUAAAGAGUUAUCGGAGAUUGUGAACCAGGGGAAGUUGGUUUCUGAUGAGAUUAUAAUAAGCUUGUUGUCGAAGAGAUUGGAGGCUGGGGGAGCUAAAGGGGAACUGGGUUUUAUUCUUGAUGGGUUUCCUCGAACCAUAAGACAAGCGGAAAUAUUGGAAGGGGUGACAGAGAUUGACCUGGUGCUCAAUCUGAAGCUCCGGGAAGAUGUGUUGGUUGAGAAAUGCCUUGGGAGGAGAAUGUGUAGUCAGUGUGGGGGAAAUUUCAAUGUGGCCUCCAUUAAUGUUAAGGACUCGAAUGGGAGUCCUCCAAUUAGCAUGGCUCCGCUUCUUCCACCUCCACAUUGUAUGUCAAAGCUUGUUACUCGAGCCGAUGAUACUGAAGAAGUGGUUAAACAUCGGAUUCAUGUAUACAAUGAGAAGAGUCGGCCUGUAGAAGAAUUCUACCGUAGUCGAGGGAAACUGUUGGAGUUUGAUUUGCCAGGAGGGAUCCCAGAGUCUUGGCCAAAGUUGCUUGAAGUUCUUAAUCUUGAUGAAUACAAGGAGAAGCAGUCUGCUGCAGCAUGAUUUGUUGCAUUGCGCCUUUAAAGGUCCAUUAUGGCAAGGUCUUUGGUUGUUAUAUAGUUUUGUUCUUCUACCUAUUCUUUUCCAGAUUCCUCGUGCAGCUGGCCGAGUUGAUUGGCUCAAGUACUGCCAAUCAGCAAGUUAUCAGCUGCAGAUAUUGAAUUUCAGCACAAUACCAGCUCUUGACUGCAGAAGUUUGAGCGGUGCAAGAUAGAAUGUGCUGUACAUUUUACCGAAGUAGUUCCUUUUUUACUUGAUGUGCAAUUAGGUUAUAGUGAUUUUGUUGUAAAUCAAUGUGGUUAGACUAUAUGCAUCAUGAUUGUGCGUGCGUUCCCCCACGUUGUUUUGAACUGUACAGUCGUUUGGUGAUAUUUUGUUGCUUUCACCGACAGCAGAAACCUUGAAAGAAAGAAAGAAGAAGAAAAAUUGUAGAGAAGAUUCGUGUUUAAUUGUUGGUGUACCUUUAACCCUUAUGGUUUUCUGGUUAUGGCUGGCUGCAUGUUGAUAGCUACGUUGCAUGCACUUCCUAGUGCUUGAACGCUGCCAAUCUGUCCAUGACAAAGAUUGUACAUGUCCUUGGAGUCGCAUCUGUAAAUUAUUCUGAAGUUACAAAGUUAUAUGAUCUAUCUAACUUAAAAGUAUA